AUGCUAUGGCAGAAAAUGCGCCUGCAAGGCCUGACCGCCGCCGACAUCGCCGCUGUCAACUCGUCCCUUCAGCAGCUGCUCGCUGCCGUGGAAAAGCUGUCGCAACUGAAAGAGUACAGAACACCGCAAGUGCUGCGAUCGAUGGUCCGCUUCUAUGUGGUGGUUAUCCUCCCGCUGUUCUAUGGUCCCCUGUGGGCGCAGGUUAAGAUGGAGAUGGGCUUCGUCUUUGCCUUGUUCCUCGCCCUCAUGGUAAGGCGAUGCCAUUGCCAAAGUGUCUGGAAGUCAACACAACACCAAAUUUGUACGCAUACAAAGUGA